UGGGUGGGUUUGCUGUGAUUGCUGUGGCUGAUGAACACGUUGCUGUUUGGGGGUUCUUCUGUCUUCCAGUGGCGAGUCCCGACCAGCAGAAGGCAGUCAGGAGUGGGGUCCAUCGGGUCUGACGCCUGUUCCUCUGAGAUCCUGGUGCAAAGCGAAAGGAUCAUUCAACCCAACUCCACUCACUCGCUCGCUCGGAAAGCAGAACUUCGGUAACUUCUGGGAACCAUGGAUGAAUUUCCAAUCAAGGAAAACUCAAUAGAGGUCUCAGGAAAAAGACUGUUUAUCCGCCUGACCGCACCUAAAGAACAACCUCCUAAACUCUCCGUCCUACUGCUUCAUGGCAUUCGCUUUUCCUCCGCAAAUUGGUUCACAAUUAAAACCCUCGAAGUGUUGGCAGACAAUGGCUACCAUGCAGUGGCCAUUGAUUUACCAGGUUAUGGAGAAUCCAAAAUGACCACAACCACAGACAAGGUGGGGGAACUCGUUCCUGCAAGUUUCCUAAAGGAAGUUUGUGAAGCUUUGCACCUGGAGCAAGUGGUUUUAAUUAGCCCAUCAAUGAGUGGGAUGUAUUCGUUGCCAUUCGUUUUUGAAUACCCGAGUAUGGUGAAAGCAUUUAUCCCCGUGGCUCCCAUCUGUACCAAUAUGUUCACUCCUGAACAGUAUGCUAGUCUGCAGGUUCCGUCUCUCAUAGUUUAUGGUGAUCAGGAUGCUCAACUGGGAAAGCAGUCGUUCGAUUCUCUCAAAAAUCUGGCCAAUCACAAAGUGAUGGUGAUGAAGGGGGCCGGGCAUGCCUGCUACCUUGACAGACCUGAAGAGUGGAAUCAGGCACUACUGAAAUACCUGCAGAGUUUGGUCUGAAGUCCAGUGGGCACACAUGUCCAAGAGGAACGCUGAUUUACGUUGGAUAAGUUAAUCCACGUUAGUAACAAUUAUCAAUAGACGAUCAAUUAUCAAUCAGAACAGACAUUCCCUUCCUCUUGUGGCUUCACAUCAUCCUGGUGCCAUCAUGACAACUGAGAUCAAUUAAUCAGAAUUCACUGCUCUCUUAACAUUAACAUUAACCAGCUGGUACUUACCAUGUGCAAAGGCAAAUGUACAAAAUGAUGACAUUCAAUCAUUAGAAUCUUCCAACUGAUUUAGCCCUUUUAUUAGAAUCAAACGUAUAAUUAAAUACUCUGCUCUGGGGAAUGUUUUCACACUCAAAUGAGUACAAGGCCUUUAAAAACUUGCCCUAUUUAGGACGCUACAGAUUGGGUUGUGUACAAUAAGAUAGACUAUGCAUUACUGAGGCAGGCUUCGGAGUUAUGACAACUUGGCUUGAUUGAUACCAAUUUUGCCUCUGUCAAACAUUAUGGUCACUUCAAGCCCCACCUCAAGACUUGAGCCGAUAGCCGAUAGUCCAGGCUGACACUCCAGGACACAACUGCCGAAGAGCUGUGUUUUAGGAGGUACUUUCCUGGGGAUGAAGCAUUAAUCAGGAGCUAGUAAGCCAGCCAACAAUUGUCCAGAGAAAUUGUCAUUCAUUUCCUGGCUGUUUGUGGAGCCUUGCCGUGCACAUCUUUCCCGCAGAUAGUCACUACACUUGCCAUAAUUCCCUGUGAUAUAGAUUGUAGGCUCUGUAUCUAUUAUUAUUAUUAAAUCUGCGUCAGUGUCU